CAUUUUAUUAAAUUUUGACAAUGUCCCAUUGUGAAGAAGAAGUGGCAUCAUCUGGUUUUCACCAAUUAAGUAUUACAAUCGAGGGUGCUGUAUUAAGAAGUUCUACAUUUUUAAAACCGAAUCCUUACAUAGAAUUUUCUGUUGAUGAUAAUAGCCCUCUGAAGACAGAAGUUUCAAAAUCCACAUAUCAACCAAAAUGGAACGAGAAAUUUACAGUACUUGUAACACCAUACUCUCAAUUGCAUUUUCGCUUAUUAGAUCAUAGCACAUUUCGUAAAGAUACAUUAAUAGGAGAGAAGAAAAUAAAUCUUUCCGAAGUGUUAUCCCAUUACAAUGGAAGACUGGAAAAUAUGGAAGUAACCUUUGAUUUAAUGAGUGAAAAUAAAUAUGAUUCUCAAUUAUGUAAGGUUGGAGAAUUAAUUACAGUAUUUGAUGGAUUAAGAAUCAAUAUGCCAAAUGUGUCAUCAUUAAGUAUUAAUGAAUCACCAUGUCAAACACAGCGUAUACCUUCUGAUGGCAUUACAAGUAAUGAAACUGCUAGUAAUCGCAGUAUUCUUAACGGAGGAGUUCGUGCUCGUAUGAGAUUACAUGGGACUGAAAAUGUUGCACCAUCUAAUUUUCGUGGAUUAACCAAUAUUUAUCAGAAUUCUAAUUAUAAUACUGAAAAUGAUCAACCUGGUGUUGAUAAAAACAGUGAACAAGUUGAACCUGUAGCAUCGAAUUCUUUAUCAAAUGGACAUGUAAUAUUGCCUGUGGACAAAUCUGUUUGUUUAUCAGGGCGUCAUGCAGUAUCUUUGUUAGAUGGACGUCAAAUAUCCCGAAUAGAACAUGGAUCUACACCUGGAACAGUGGAUGGUAGAAUUGGUACAUCUGCUGAUCAAUUCUCAAAAAUAUCUGUCUCAGAGGGUCGAAAUAUUUCACAAGCAGAUCAAUCAUCGGUGCCUGGAACAGUUGUAGUAUCCAGAUCGGAUCAGUUACCAACACCUAAUGCAGACAUACGAUCACACAACAAAGCAGAGCAAUCUACGUCUAGUGGGCGUAACUCUAAAACAGAACAAUUGUUAACUACUCCGCUUUCUGAUAGUUUUGGAAGUAUAAGAGCUGAUCAAUCAACUACUCCCAUAGUAGAUGGAGGAGGUCUAGCUUCUAGAGUAGAUCAGCCUACAACUUCUACUUUAAUGGAUAACCAAGGAAUUUCUCAAACGGAACAGUCUACAGUAUUUACAUUGCCAGAUGGAUCUUGUGCGUCUCAUUCAGAGCAGUCUUCGGGAUUUCACAUGGCAGAUAGUCGUGGAAUAACGCGUUCAGAACAAUCCACCAUAGCAGUCCCUAUGGCAGAAAGACGUAGAGUUCCCCGUCCUAAACAGUCAACAACUACAAUGUCAACUACUCCCUCAAAUCCGCUGAUAGUGCAACGUGUAGCUUCAUUAACAGGACAAUCUGCCAUGGUACGUGGUCAAUCAGCUACUCAGUCUGGGUCAUCGAUAAUACUUGCUGACGUUGAACCUACAAAUCAUUCCGAAGAACCUUUGCCUCCUGGUUGGGAAAUGAGAUACGACAUCUAUGGAAGAAGAUAUUAUGUCGAUCACAAUACACGAAGUACUUCUUGGGAAAGACCACAGCCUUUGCCAUUAGGAUGGGAAGUACGUAGAGAUCCAAGAGGUAGAAUUUACUAUGUGGAUCAUAAUACAAGAAGUACAACAUGGCAGAGACCAAAUACAGAGAGAUUACAACAUUUUCAACAUUGGCAAGGUGAGAGGCAACAUGUGGUGCAACAAGGUAGCCAACGGUUUCUUUAUCCUCAAGCACAUGGAAGUCAAGCAGCUGUGGCAGGACCUUCAGUGCCUACAGCUGAUGAUGACGAUGCUCUUGGGCCUUUACCUGCUGGAUGGGAAAGACGUAAACAACCAGAAGGAAGAGUGUAUUAUGUGAAUCAUAAAAAUCGUACUACUCAGUGGGAGGAUCCUAGGACUCAGGGGCAAGAAACAGGAAUUGAUGAACCACCAUUACCUGACGGUUGGGAAAUACGAUUAACCGAAGAUGGAGUGCGUUAUUUUGUAGAUCAUAAUACAAGAACAACUACAUUCCAAGAUCCAAGACCUGGUGCACCAAAAGGCCCAAAAGGUAUUUACCGUGUACCAAGAGCAUACGAAAGAUCAUUCCGGUGGAAAUUAUCACAGUUCCGUUUCUUGUGUCAAACCAAUGCAUUGCCAAAUCAUAUUAAGAUUAAUGUUAAUCGACAAACACUGUUUGAAGAUUCUUAUCAUCAAAUAAUGAAUGCAGAAGCUUUUGCAUUGAGGCGCAGAUUAUAUAUAAUAUUUAAAGGGGAGGAAGGACUGGAUUAUGGAGGUGUAUCAAGAGAGUGGUUUUUCUUGUUAAGCCACGAAGUGCUGAACCCAAUGUACUGCCUAUUUGAAUAUGCCAAUAAAAGUAAUUACAGCUUGCAAAUUAAUCCAGCAUCUUAUGUCAAUCCUGACCAUUUACAAUACUUUAAAUUUAUCGGAAGGUUUAUAGCAAUGGCUCUUUACCAUGGACGGUUUAUUUAUAGUGGCUUCACUAUGCCGUUUUACAAACGUAUGUUAAACAAAAAAUUAGUAAUGAAAGAUAUAGAAUCUAUUGACCCAGAAUUCUACAAGUCUCUUGUGUGGAUAAAAGAAAAUAAUAUUGACGACUGUGGCCUCGAAUUGUAUUAUAGUGUUGAUUUUGAAAUUCUUGGUCAAGUCAUACACCAUGAAUUAAAAGAUGGUGGAGACAAAAUUAGGGUUAUUGAAGAUAACAAAGAAGAAUAUAUAAGGUUGAUGACAGAGUGGAGAAUGACAAGGGGUAUAGAGGAUCAAACUAAAGCUUUUUUGGAAGGUUUUAAUUCAGUUGUGCCGUUAGAGUGGUUAAAAUAUUUUGAUGAACGGGAAUUAGAACUUAUACUAUGUGGAAUGCAAGAAAUAGACGUGGAGGAUUGGCAACGUAAUACAAUUUACAGACAUUAUACACGCAACAGUAAACAAAUCUUAUGGUUUUGGCUGUUUGUAACCAGAACGGAUAGCGAAAAACGAGCUCGCCUUUUACAAUUCGUAACGGGCACUUGUCGUGUACCUGUUGGAGGAUUUGCAGAAUUAAUGGGGAGUAAUGGACCUCAAAGAUUUUGCAUAGAAAAAGUAGGAAAAGACACAUGGUUACCGAGAUCACAUACAUGCUUCAAUAGAUUGGAUUUGCCACCAUAUAAGAGCUAUGAACAGUUUGUAGAAAAGUUGAAUUAUGCAAUUGAAGAGACAGAAGGUUUUGGUCAAGAAUAA